AUGGAUCUUAAUACAAGACAGAGCAAGAAACGACGCUUGGACACAAGCCAAUCUUCAGACAACAGCGGCGAUGAGAGCAAGAAGCGUGGGAGACCACGAGUCGAGAAGCAAGACGAAUCAGCCGCAGAUCGUCGUCGAACCCAGAUUCGCAAAGCACAGAGAGCGUACCGCCAGCGAAAAGAAAGCACGCUCGAGGAACUCCGAAGAAGGGUCGCAGACCUUUCCAACGUGAUGGAACUCAUGAACAAGGCAUUUGUGGAUUGCUGCGACCAACUUGMAAUCUCCGCUCUAUCUGCGGAUCAGGCAAGCCAUUUACGCGAUACUGAAAUGCGAUACGAACAUCUAAUGCGGAGUGUUCGAAACCAGGAUGAGAACCAAGUACCAGGGCUUGUCGAGCCCCAACAUCGGGCGUCGAUUACCUCUCGCAGUAGAAACGAAGUACCCACUGUCCUCGAGCCCAAGAACGUCCCCUCCUGGAUGGACGAGUCGGUUCUGGCAAGUACAYGGAGUGAUCCUGCACCCCAUGAGCUUGGAAUGGGCUACACACUUUAUGUGGACCCGGCUCAAAGCAGAGCUUUGGUCCCAGUCCACGAGCGACACUCUUCCCAGAGCGAAUCAUACACCACAUUCCGCGUCGAAGCUCCUAUGCCACCAAUAGGACCUCCACCACGAACUUACAGCUUCCAAGAAACUACCUUUGCCCGCCGACUACACCAAGCAACGCUAGAGGCUGGUUAUCGGCUUGCUCUGGACCCCUCUCGAACUCCGGAGAUAUUCAAUCGGGCAUUCAGGCUGUCUCUCAUGAUCGUUGAUCGUACCAAACUCAUCCUCUUAUUGAAGAACCUACUCGACCGGGGUCCUGAUGAAAGCCUUGACAGUGGCUUCCCAAGGGUCCGUGUAGGUGGCGCAGGGACACACUAUUGCAGAAAAGACAAGUUUGGCGUGCUGCAGCCAAAGAAGCAAGCUCAAAGCCUGGGAACAAUUGGCCCACAAGCAUUGAAUAUUCUGGAACAAGCAAACAUCAAAACCGAUGUGACUGUCGAAAUCACAGGGUUCGAAGGUGAAUGGUUUGACCCGCAUGAUGUCGAGGGCUAUCUCGCAGAGAAGGGCAUAUUUAUUGACCCGGGUUCCUCAUUUGCAGAGGCGGAUGCCGAUAUCGUACCGCCCUCUUCCGCUGUAACCUCUUCAGCGAGCUCCUCGUCCAUGGCCAUGUCACCAGGUUUACAAGAAAUCACGGAGAAUGUAUCUGUCCCGCAGGGAAACAACAAUUGGCCGGCGAGUGCCAACGACUGGGCUGACUUCCCCAUGCAUACCAUGACUGACAUUGGCUAUUCCGAUGCUUCGACCGGAUCCUGGAUGAACUUUCUCCUACCGGGUGAGGCCAUUAAGCAAUGUCUGCCGAACAACACGCAAUGGGAUGACUCGGUCUCGUCGCAAUACAUGUCCGAUGGGUUCCCAGGACCGAGGAGAUCGCCUUUCGUUGAUUCAAACCAGAAUAAGCGGACCAUAAUCGAUGUUGCUAAGUUUUUAAAUGUCUUGGUUUCCUCUUCUCACUGUCUUGGCAACAUGCCUGGAUUCAGAAGAAAAGAUGUCGAUCGUGCUCUGGCGCUUGCUGCAUUUUGA